GCCGAAGCGCAGCAGAAAAUCAAAAAAUGGGGAAGGAAGUGGAAGAAGAGCAGAAGAAGACCGAUGCAGCGCACGAUAGCAACCAUGCGGCGCCCUCCUUCAAGCUGGUGGGAUACGCCAACUUCGUCCGGUCCAACCCCCGGUCAGACCGGUUCCCGGUCCGCCGGUUCCACCACAUCGAGUUCUGGUCCUCCGACGCCACCAACGCCUACCUCCGCUUCUCUUGGGGCCUUGGAAUGACCUUCGCCGCCAAAUCUGACCUCUCCACCGGAAAUCUUACACACGCCUCCUACCUCCUCCGCUCCGGCAAUCUUCAGUUCCUCUUCUCCGCUCCUUACUCUUCUACCCUCCCUUCCCUCCUUAAUUACAACCCUGCCCCUGCUACCGCCCAAAAUUCCAAUCCUGCCCCUGCCCCUAUCCCCUCCUUCUCAGCCGCCGCGGCCCACCACUUCAUCGCAUCGCACGGGCUCGGCGUCCGGGCCGUCGCGAUUGAGGUCGAUGAUGCAGUGUCGGCCUUCGAGAUCAGUGUCGCCCACGGCGCCGUGCCGUCGGCCCCGCCAGCGCAGAUCGGCGAUAGUGGGGCGUGGCUCGCCGAGGUCCGCCUGUAUGGAGAUGUUGUUCUUAGGUACAUCAGCUUUGAGAAGCCGGACCCGGUGUUCCUGCCUGGAUUCGAGGCGGUGGAAUCGUACCCAUUGGAUUUUGGGAUACGACGGCUGGAUCAUGCCGUCGGGAAUGUGACUAACCUGGCAGAGGCAGUUGAGUAUGUGAAGACAUUUACUGGGUUUCAUGAAUUUGCUGAGUUCACGGCCGACGACGUUGGGACAGCUGAGUCGGGGCUCAACUCGGUCGUGCUGGCAAACAAUGAGGAGAUGGUUCUGCUGCCAAUGAACGAGCCGGUUUACGGUACAAAGCGGAAAAGUCAGAUACAGACAUUCUUGGAGCACAACGAGGGUGCCGGCCUUCAGCACCUUGCUCUUGUUAGUGAGGACAUAUUCAAGACAAUGAGGGAGAUGAGGAAGAGGAGCGGUGUUGGUGGGUUUGAGUUCAUGCCGUCCCCGCCACCAACGUACUACAAGAACCUCAGGCAGAGAGCAAGUGAUGUGCUAAGCGAGGAGCAAAUGAAAGAGUGUGAAGAGUUGGGGAUUUUGGUGGACAGGGAUGAUCAAGGGACAUUGCUUCAGAUCUUCACUAAGCCGAUUGGGGACAGGCCAACCAUAUUCUUGGAGAUAAUACAAAGAGUUGGGUGUAUGCUAAAGGAUGGGGAAGGGAAGACCUACCAAAAGGGUGGGUGUGGUGGAUUCGGUAAGGGCAAUUUCUCUGAGCUCUUCAAAUCCAUUGAAGAAUAUGAAAAGACCCUUGAAGCCAAGAUUACAGUAGAAUCAGGUGCUUCUUGAAGUUCAAUUGUCUUUUAUUACUGAUAAUCUAGAUAUGUUUUCUGUAACUAAUGCAUGGGGAACGUUGAAAUCACAUCCGUUCAUCAGGUUCCGCAUCCCUUUUUAUAUAUUUGAUCCCAAUAAAAUAAGGUUCAUCCAUCUUAUCAUGU